AUGGAUUCAUUGCAAAAGAAGGUAUUUUGGGGAAAACCUAAAAAGGAAGAAAUAGAAGAAUACCCAGUGAAAACCAUCCAAGAAGUCCUACAUGCCUUUGAGGUAGGGAUGUGUCGCACUGUUUGUACAGUAUUUGAAGUCGAUACAGACUAUGCUUGGGUCUACAUUGCGUGUAAAAAAUGCAAUAAAAAGACUAUCGUAAUGCAAGACAUUAAGUUGGAAGAUGAAAAGCAAAAACCAUCACCAAAGUUUUUUUGUGAGUAUUGCAAAGAGUACACAGCAUAUGUCUCUCCCAAGUUCUGGAUUUAUCUAAAAGUCAAAGACGAUACUGGAGAAAUGAAAUGUAUGGUUUUUGACAGCUUCGCUGCCGAUAUGGUUGGAAUGCAAGCUUCAGAGCUCUUAAACAAUAGAUACAAUUUGCUAGAAGAUCAUGAUUCUAUUCCUCUCGAAGUUAAAGCUUUACAAGGCCAGACAUUCGAGUUCCUUCUUUCUAUCGAGUCAAAGCAUAUUAGGGGGAACUCCACCACUUACAAUGUGGCUGCAUUGUGCUCUGACGGGAAUAAAAUUGCUCCCCAGAUUGUCUCUUCGGACACAUAUGUAGAUCCUUCUUCAAUGUUAUCUGGUGGUCAGGGUUCUUUAAUGCUUACUGAUGGGGGUGAGCCAUCUGAUGUGGAUGCUUCAACCUCUUCCACACCAUCAUCAAAAAGAGGUUCAUCAAACGAAUUUGAAGGAGAUGACCAAUCAUCUACAUCCAAAAAACAUUGUUCUAUGUUGGUUAAUGAAGAAGCUGUUAAUGUUGCUGCUGUUUCUAAGGAACUAGACCAUUUGUUGAAUUAA